AAAGAAGCUUCGUCGUCGAUCAAACGAAACCUUCUUUUCCCGAUUUGCUCCAGAGAGAGAGAGAGAAGAAGAAGUGUGAGAAAAAAAUGCCGUUGGGGGAGAGUGAACGAUGGGAGAAGACCUAUUCCAAGUUUUGCGGCUUGGAAACAGAUUUCUCCGACGAUGUUCCUUCUCUACUUUCUUUCAACAUCGACAAUGGCCGUUUUGAUUUCGUCGUCGCUCCUUUGAUAAACCCUUCGUAUAGGCCCAGCUUGGUAGAUGAACGCGAUUCGGAUUCUCAUGUUCUUCCAUUCGCUGGCUCUGACUUAGUCGUGUCCCCGUUAAAAUGGAGACUUCGUGUAAUUGGUAAAAUUAGUUCGUGGAUUGAUUUGGAUUCCGAAGAUGAGACCCUGAGGAUGAAUUCAGAAACCGCACUGAAGCAAGAAAUCGCCUGGGCUAAACAUCUCUCCUUGAGGGCGUGCCUUCUUCCUACUCCUAAAGGGACUUCUUGCGCCAAUUACGCCAGAUGUGUGAACCAGAUCUUACAGGGGAAGCUUGAAAUGGAGGUGAUCUUCCUUCUUUCUUUUACAAGAACCUCUUUGCAUCAGUCUCUAAUAUUCUUGCUUCGAUCUCAUUCUGCUAUGAAGCUAUGGCUAAGGAUCCCGCUGAGGAAGUCUAAUUCAGAAUAUCCAAUAGAUUCUUGGGAGAUUUGGAAUUCGCUUCGUCUUCUUUGUGACCAUGACAGUAAGCUGUCUGUUGCUCUUGAUGUUGGGAGUACGUUACCGCUACCAUCUAAAAAUUCACGAGGGCGAUGGCUUGGAGAGUCGGUGAAAGCAGCCAUUAUAAGCACUGACUGUUUCGUACCAAUUGACGGUCUUCCUUACUUGCAAAAGAGCCACCAAGACCUAAUAGGAAGUUUUUUUCACGGCCAUGCUUAUUUAGGUGCCAAGGGAUUGACUCGUUCAGAUUCUUUUAUCACUUUUAUUAUAAUUUCCGGAAUACCUCUGGAUGAUCUCCAAACGGAUUUUGGUGCGCAGAAGCACCCCCAUAAGCCGUAUUUGGACUAUCUUAGUAAUCUGUUCGAAAAAAUGGAACCACUCUCUGAACAAGAACGCAUAGAUUUUCGCCACAGAGAUUGUCUGUGCACGCCCUUGCAGCCAUUGAGGGAUAAUCUAGAAGCCCACAGCUAUGAGAUGAUUGAGAGAGACUCGGUUAAAUACACCCAAUAUCAAAGGGCAAUUGCUAAAGCCUUAGUGGACAUGGUCUCUGAUGAGAAAGCGUCUGAGUUAACUAUUGUCUUGAUGGUUGUGGGAGCAGGAAGAGGACCCCUUGUCAGAGCAUCAUUGCAGGCAGCUGAAGAAACCGGUCGGAAGUUGAAAGUUUAUGCCGUGGAAAAGAAUCCCAACGCUGUAGUAACACUCCAUGAUUUGGUAAAAACUAGAGGAUGGGAAGGCACUGUUACUGUAAUAUCUCGUGACAUGCGUUUCUGGAAUGCUCCUGAGAAGGCUGAUAUAUUGGUUAGUGAAUUGCUGGGUUCUUUUGGAGAUAAUGAACUCUCUCCUGAGUGCCUUGAUGGAGCACAAAGGUUACUGAAGCCAAACGGGAUUUCGAUACCAUUCUCGUAUACAAGUUUCUUACAGCCAAUUACAAGUUCAAAGCUCUACAGUGACGUUAAAUCUCGCAACAAUCUUUCCUACUUCGCAACUGCGUAUUCUGUUAAACUCCACAGUGUAGCUAGACUUGCUCCUUGUGAACCUGUGUUCACAUUUACGCAUCCAGACUUGUCAAGAAAGCCCAACAACCAAUGUUACAAGAAGCUGCUUUUCAAUGUUCCAAGUAACACGGGUUCUGCUUUGGUUCAUGGAUUUGCUGGCUACUUUGAAGCUAUCCUCUAUGACAAUGUGCAUAUUAGCAAUGAGCCUACAACAGAAACACCAAACAUGAACGGCUGGUUUCCAAUCUUUUUCCCAUUGAUGAAGCCUCUUGAAGUUCACCCUAAGUCUACAAUAGAAGCACAUUUCUGGAGAUGUAGCGAUUCCACAAAGGUUUGGUACGAAUGGUCUGUCUCUUUGCCUACAUUCUCACCGAUUCAUAACACCAAUGGAAGUUCAUACUGGAUUGGCCUUUAGGAUUCUUUCAGAAUAUUGUAGUUAGAUUCAAAAUCGAAAAAGGGUUAUGGAGAAUUUGUUGUACAGUAUACAGUAUAGAGAAAAUACGUACGAUGAUAAUCGUUGAUUGAUGAGAACGUGUUGUGUUGUUCUGUCGGGUUUAUAGGAAAUUUAAAUACUUGACUUUUCCGGAAUUGUG